AUGUCAUUUGCACCAAACAGAGGCCUAGGUGUCCCCAUCGCAGAAUUCAACGCCGCUCCAAAAUCUCCGCGGGUAGUUGUAACUGGAGGAUCAGGCAAACUUGGCCGCUCAACUGUCCUUGACUUGGUCGCUCAUGGCUGGAAUGUGGUGAAUUUUGACAAGGCGGCACCGCCGAAGGAUGGGCAUCAAGAGGUGGUCUUCGUGCGCGUCGAUCUGGAGGACAUGGGGCAAGUAAUGGAGAACUUGGUGGAGGUGGACUCGCGAUACAGAGGUGUUGAUGCCAUCGUGCACCUAGCAGCUCUCCCGGCAGCGGGUUUAGAAGCCUCAUCCCACCAAUUCCGGCUAAAUACCAUGGCGACAUACAACAUCCUUGAGGCCUCGCGGAAGCUUGGGAUCAAGAAUCUAGUGCUUGCGUCGUCUGAGACGCUCAUCGGGCUGCCACUUGAUCCCUGGCUUCCGGAAUAUAUCCCGAUGGACGAAAACUCCGAGCGGAGACCAGAAAGUGCAUACUCCCUGAGUAAGCUCGUCGGAGAGGUCAUGGCAGACCAGUAUUGUCGCUGGGAUCCCACGACAAAAAUCAUCAGCCUCCGAUUCUCGAACGUCCUUUUGCCCGAGGAUUAUGCCAGAUUUGAAUCCUGGCAGAACAACCCGAAGGUGAGGCGAUGGAACUUGUGGGGAUACAUUGAUGCUCGUGAUGGCGCCCAAGGUAUUCGCAAGUCGCUCGAGUACAAAACUACUGGACACCAUCAGUACAUCAUUGCAAACAAUAACACGGUCAUGCGCGAGCCAAACAGCGAGCUCCUCGCAAAGGAAUUCCCCGGUGUCCCUUACAAAUCCACGCCAGGCCAUAACGACACGUUGUUGAGCAUCGAGAAGGCCAAGCGGGAGCUCGGAUACGCACCCCAAUUCGACUGGAAGCCGUGA